GGGCUGGUGUUCAUCAUGUCCUACUACGAGCAUAUCCUCUUUGACGAUGAAUUCAACGACACCGGCUCCGGAUCCGGCUCGGGUGACUUCGGGGAGGAUCUGGAGGAGCCCUGCGAGGUCGAGCACGUUAUGACGGCCGACCUUCAGCAGGUCUUCUUGCCCGUGGUCUACUCUCUCAUCUUCCUCCUGGGCAUCACCGGCAACGGCCUGGUGGUCUUCGUGCUGGGCUGCCAGCGCAGGUCCAAAUGCAGCCUCACCGACCGGUACCGGCUCCACCUGUCAGCGGCCGAUCUCCUCUUCGUUCUGGCCCUCCCGUUCUGGGCCGUGGAUGCGGCCAUGGCGGACUGGCGCUUCGGUGCCGCCACCUGUGUCGGCGUGCAUGUGAUCUACACGGUCAACUUGUACGGCAGCGUGCUCAUCCUGGCCUUCAUUAGUCUGGACCGCUACCUGGCGGUGGUUCGAGCCACCGACACCAACACAGGGGGGCUGAGGCAGCUGCUGGCACACCGACUGGUGUAUGUGGGUGCCUGGUUGCCCGCUGGUCUGCUGGCGGUCCCCGACUUGAUAUUUGCCCGAACGCAAGAAGGAGGCGAGGGGAGCACCCUGUGCCAGAGAUUUUACCCAGCGGAAAAUGCUCCUCUCUGGGUGGCUGUCUUCCACCUGCAGCUGGUCCUGGUGGGUCUAGUCAUCCCGGGUCUGGUGCUCCUGGUGUGUUACUGCGUCAUCGUCACCCGGCUGACACGGGGCCCGCUCGGCGGCCAGAGGCAGAAGCGGCGGGCGGUGAGGACCACCAUCGCGCUGGUGCUCUGCUUCUUCCUGUGCUGGCUGCCCUACGGAGCCGGCAUCUCCGUGGACGCCAUGCUGCGCCUGGAGGUCCUGCCGCGCAGCUGCAGCCUGGAGGCGGUGCUGAGCGUGUGGCUGGCGGUGGCCGAGCCCAUGGCCUUUGCUCACUGCUGCCUGAACCCACUGCUCUACGCCUUCCUGGGGGCCGGGUUUAAGAACUCAGCCCGCAGAGCCCUGACUCUCAGUCGAGUCUCCAGUUUGAAGGUUUUACCCAGAAGACGCAACGGGGCCUCCACGACCACCGAGUCCGAGUCGUCCAGUUUACAUUCCAGCUAGUGUUUGCCUGCGCUCUCUGUGGGUUUACAAACCAUCUAAGAACUCAGAAGUCCGCUGGCGGGCUUCUCUCGC